AUGAAAGGAAUUGGACCUAUCAUGAAGUGGCCAACCAAGCUCAAUCUUGACGCGAAGAGCGACACGACCAAGUGGUGCGAAUUCCACAGUGACCAUGGUCAUAAUAUCGCCGAUUACAUCGCCUUAAGAUUGGAAGUUGCAGCACUACUGAAAAAGGGACAUCUCCGAGACCUAUUGACACAUAAAUGGAAGAAUACAGUCGAUGGAGGUGUUGGAUCAUUUGAUGAAGAUUAUAGUGGGGGUGAGAGUGAGGCUCCUGAAUGUUCCCGGACGCCACCCGGGGACCGUGAGCUUAAUGACAAACUCUUCCGUAAAUAUGGUGGUUAUAUUAGCACCUUGAAGCAUGAGUUUUCUAAGAAGAAGAAAAAGGGAAAACUACUGAAAGAAGCUAGGCAAAUCUUGUUUGAUUGGUGGAGUGUCCACAACAAAUGGCCCUAUCCGACGGAAGUGAAGCUAGUUGUUGGUGUCGACAAAGAAGUCAAAAAGCUUAGGAGCAAUCUUGAAGCUAUUGAAGUUGUGCUCGUUGAUGCAGAGGAAAGACAAAUGAAGGAGAAAACUGUAAGUCUUUGGUUAGAUCGGCUCAAACACGUAUCCUAUGACAUUGAAGAUGUGUUGGAUGAGUGGAACUACGCCAUGUUGAAACUGCAAAUUGAGAGACUUGAAGAUGAUGCUGUUCCUAAGAAGGUGUGUUUCUCCUUUCCCUCCUCUUGCUUUUCUUUCAAACAAGUUAGUUUACAUCAUGGCAUUGCAAUGAAGAUAAAAGAUGUAACUGAAAAUCUAGAUGACAUUGCGAAACAAAAAGAUAAGUAUGCUUUUAACACGAUUAGAAGCAUUGAAAAGUCAGAACGACUACAAAGCACCUCGUUUGUUGAUGUGUCUGAGAUAUGUGGUCGAGUUGACGACAAGAAUAGUUUAGUACAUAAGUUAUGUGAUAGUAGUGAAGAACACCUUCCUGUCAUCCCUAUUAUAGGGAUGGGAGGAAUUGGUAAAACCACUCUUGCUCAAUUUACAUAUAAAGACAAUGAGGUGAUAAACAAUUUUGAGAAAAAAAUAUGGGUAUGUGUAUCUAAGCCUUUUGAUGAGUAUAGGAUUGCUAGAGCAAUUAUUGAGGCUUUAGAAAGUUUUGCUUUGAAUGUAGUUGAAUACGAAUCACUUCUUCAACAUAUUAGUAAAUCUAUUGUGAGAAAGAAAUAUCUUUUGGUCUUAGAUGAUGUGUGGAACGAGGAUUACAAAAAAUGGGAACCGUUGUAUCAUUGCUUGAAGAAUGGUCUUCAUGGAAGUAAAAUUUUGAUUACCACACGUAAGGAAUCGGUUGCACGUAUGAUGGGAUCAAUUGAUAUUAUCAAUGUUAAGGAGUUGCCUGAAGAAGAUUAUUGGUUGUUGUUUAGGCAAUUAGCAUUUUUUGGUAUGUCUCAAGAGGAGUGUAAAAAAUUUGAAGAGAUUGGUAGGCAAAUUUUAAGGAAGUGCAAGGGUUUGCCUCUUGCUGUAAAGACUAUCGAGAGUCUCUUGCGUUUUAAGAAACAUAGGGAAGAGUGGCAAAGUUAUCUUAAAGGAGAAGGAAAUAAAAUAAUGGAGAUAGUUGGUCAAGAAUAUUUUGACUACUUAGCAUCACGCUCAUUCUUCCAGGAUUUCAAAAAAGACGAUCGGAAUAAUAUCUUAAAAUGUAAGAUGCAUGAUUUAGUACAUGACUUUGCUCAAUUGUUGAGUAAGAAUGAAUGUCUUCACAAAGAAGUUAAUGGUCUUAACGAACCAAUCAUAAACUCUUCUUAUGAUGAGCACGUUUGUCACUUGAUGGUUACAAUUAAUGAAGAGGAUUCAUUUCCUAAUUCCAUUUUUAGUCUUAGAAGGAUUCGUAGUUUCUUAUAUAAUUUUGAUGAUUCCCAGGUUAAAUUGACUCCUAAUAUCUUACCAAAAUUAUUUGUUGAAUUGACAUCUUUAAAGGUGUUAACCAUAGCUCCAUCGUGGCGGCAUGUAGAUGUGAUUGAGUACAUUCCUAAAGAGGUUGGAAAAUUGAUACAUUUGAGGUAUCUUAAUUUGUGUUUUUCACGCAUGAGAAAACUUCCUGAAGCAUUAUGUGGAUUAUAUAAUUUGCAAACUUUAGACAUUAAUCAAUGUAGAGAAAUGGAAGAAUUACCUCAAGGGAUUGGAAAAUUAAUAGAACUAAGGCAUCUAGAGAAUUAUGGGACCACGUCAUUAAGAAAAAUCCCAAUAGGAAUUCAAAGAUUGAGUAAUCUCCGAAUCUUAAGAGAAUUCGUGUUAAGUGGUGGUGGUGGUAAUGAUAAUAAAACAUGUAGCCUUGAAGGUUUGAAAUACCUUAACCUCUUUGAAGAGUUGUAUAUAAGAGGACUGGGAAAUAUAUCAGAUGUGAACGAGGUUAAAAGAUCAAAAAUUAAGAACCAGAAAAAUCUCCUUCAUUUGACUUUAGAUUUUAGAAAAGAUGAAGGAGAGAGGACAAAUGAAGAUGAUGAAGCACUUCUUGGAAUCCUACAACCAUCUUUAAAUUUGGAGAAAUUACGGCUAGAUAAAUACAGAGGCGACACUAUUUUGCCCAACUGGAUGAUGUCCUUAACCAACCUCAGUCACUUAACACUCCGUAACUGCAUAAACUAUAAGCAUUUGCCUCCCUUGGGAAAAUUGCCAUCCCUUGAAUCGUUUUCAAUAUGGGCGAUGAAGAGUGUGAAAAGAGUGAGUAAUGAAUUUUUGGGAAUUGAAAGUGAUGGCACAUCAUCUUCUUUUAUUUUCUUCCCCAAAUUGAAAACUCUCACUUUUCAGUAUAUGGAUGAAUGGGAGGAGUGGGAUUAUGAGACUACAAGAAAUGGAGAAGAAGAUGAUAUUACAAUCAUGCCAUCUCUGGUUUCCUUGUCAAUUUAUAUACUCACUCUUCUGUAUAACCGUGGCCGUCCAUCAUCACCAGUCUUUUAUGAGGAGGAGAAGAUUGUUGAAGACAACCUGAUGACGAACUCUGAACCACGGUGGAAAAAGUUGACAGGCCUGGAAAAUUGUCUCUGUGCAGCAUUACGCGGUAAGCAAGACGGGAAGAAUGGCGUGAGGAGAGUAGUCGAAGGAACUCAGUUAAUGGGAGCUUCUCAAAUUACAGUGGAUGCCCUCUAUGACAUCAUUUGA